AUUUUUUUUUUUUUAUGAAAAUUUUAACUUCAAAAUAAGUGCUAAGUAAGUGGUAAAUUGUGUUUUGUGGAGUUAUUUAUUUGGUAUUUCAUAUACUUAAUCGAUUUACCUGCAAAUGGUUCAUGCGGAAGUGCCUGUGUGCAAGACGUCGCUGUAGUUGCUGAACAAAAUUGUUUGAUGCGAUGUUGAGCUUAACGGCAUUAAAGCUUGCAGAAUUAAGGCAUGCUUAAACGCAUGGUAGAAUUGUACAAUAAAGGAAAUUCCAUAAUUCAAGGCAGCCUAAAGAAUUGGCAAAGGCGAUCGGCAAUCGUAAGCUCAAUAAAGCUUUAGAAUAGCAGAAGGGGCAUUUAUCGCUGCUGUAUUCACGCUUGACUAUGUCCUCGUUGGAGCGCGUACAGCUAGGAUCAUUUUUUGUAGUAAAAGCAAAAACUAGCACAAACCACAAUACAUACGGUGUUUUAAAGCCGGUAAAACCGGCCAUCAUUGAGCCAUCACUUGUUGAAAUUUAAUUUAUUUAUUACUCUUCUUCUUAAUACAACCCGAGCGACAACAAAUCAGCAAAAUGAAGAUGCACAGACUAUAUGCAUAUGUAUAUACUCAAGCGGAAGCUGAGGAGAAGGCCGAAUUGGAGCGCAUUCAAAAUGAGAGCGCACAGUACUCAUAUGGCUCAAAUAUCGAGGACAACAUAAACGACGGAGCUAUCCAACGCGAAGAGACACGUGAUGGUACUAAGGUUAAGGGCAUGUAUUCAUACCGCGAUGGUUAUGUCAUGCGUACCGUGUACUAUGAAGCCGAUGAAAAUGGUUACCGUGUGGUCAAGGAAGAUACCCAAGAGAUCGGCGAUGGACCACAGUUCGAUGAGAACGGCGAGGCCACCGUUGAGGGUUCCUUAAUACCCAAAUACUCCAUUCGUUUGGACAAAACUGACAAUGAGAAGCACUACAAGGAUGCGCGAUUCAGUUAAAUCGAACGCUUAGCAUUUAAUGCGUACGCUUUAUAAGCAUUUGAGUUAAGAAAACAGACUGAAACAAAAAUUAUGCUAAUAUUUCUAUCCUUGUUACAUAAAACAACAUGUUUUUUUUUUAUUAAUUACAACUUGAAUUUAAUGUGAUUUCGUCACAGUGAAGUUACAAAUAAAAACGAAAUGAAAAAUUUA